CAGUGACGUAGUCGAGCUGUGGCACUUCCUAGCUGGAUUUCUUAGCUGAACCGAAACCAAACGCCCAACAUCAGAAUGCAGCUCUCCAGGGUUGGAAUUUAUAUGAAGAGGAGAAAGCGGGGCUGCUCUCAAGCCUAAACAUUUCUUGUCUUCCACCAUCUGGCAUCAGACUCGCUUCCCCUUCAGAUUGGUGCUCACCCCUCCUCCCCUCGCCAACAUGCUGUGUUGGGGGAAUGCAAAGGAUGGACAGUUGGGUAUCGGUGCAGAGAGGAACCCCAUGUUUGAGCCCAGGAUUUGUCAUGUGUUUAGCGACAGGGGACUAAAGGAGGUGGCUUGUGGAGGGCAGCACUCGCUGUUCCUGCUGCAUGAUGGUAGUGUGUACACAUGUGGUUCUAACAGCUGUGGACAGCUGGGCCACGACAAACCAGGGACGUCUCCAGAGCUGGUAGGAGCUCUGGACACUCAGAAGAUCACGAUGGUGUCGUGUGGUCGGACCCACUCAAUGGCGGUGAACGAGCAGGGUCAAGUGUUUGCCUGGGGGGCCGGCGAAGGGGGUCAGCUCGGCCUUGGCACCUCGGAGACGGCUGUUCGAAUACCAAGGUUGGUCAAGAGGCUGUGUGACCAUCGGAUCUCUCAAGUAAUGUGUGGGAAUCAGCACUGCAUUGCACUUUCUAGAGAUGGCCAGCUGUUCACAUGGGGCCAGAACACCAGCGGUCAGCUCGGUUUGGGGAAAGGAGAGUCCAGCAAGCUGUUCCCUCAUCCCCUCAAGUCUCUGGCUGGAAUUCCUUUGGCACAGAUAACCGCCGGGGGAGACCACAGCUUUGCUCUGUCCUUGUCCGGAGCGGUUUUUGGAUGGGGCAAGAACAAAGCUGGCCAACUGGGUCUCAAUGAUAAACAAGAUCGUGCUGUCCCGUGCCACAUCAAGUUCUUGAGAUCUCAAAAAGUUGUUCAUAUCAGCUGUGGGGAUGAACACACAGCAGCACUCACAAAGGAUGGCGGCUUGUUUACAUUUGGUGAUGGCGCGUUGGGUCAGCUGGGUCAUGGCUCCAGCAAUAAUGAACUUUUACCCAGACGAGUGCUGGAGCUCAUGGGCACUGAGGUUUCCCAGAUCACCUGUGGCAGGCACCACACGUUGGCGUUUGUGCCUUCCUCUGGUGUGGUGUAUGCGUUUGGCUGUAACAGCCAUGGGCAGUUGGGCACUGGAAUACGGGGUGAUGCCAGGAGCCCAUUUCCUGUCAAGGGCAGUUUCCUGACUGGAAAUGUCCAUAGAACAGAAUCCAAACAUUAUACAGUGACCAAAAUCAUCUGUGGGGGAGACCAUAGCUUCUUGUUGUACUCCACUAACCAGAGUUUUGUCGCCCCAGAAGACUUCAGAGUGAUCAACGUCAGUAAAAGUCUCUCCCCGAUCACUUAUGAAAGAUUAAACUCAUGGAGGUUAAAGCUGAUGUACAGCCCAGAUUCUAGUGUCACAAAUGACAUCAUCAUUCAACUCUCAUCAACAGCUUGUUGGAACGCCAGCUUCUUGGACCAAAGUGAUGAUACACACUUCAAAACCAACCCAAAGAUCCCGGGCAUCGAUCUCAACUCCGUCAGAAUGCUUUUUGAGACGCUCAGCAGACCGGCUUUCUCCGGACUCCUGGAGCAGGCCAGCAAGAGUUUUGAGAGUCUUCUAAUCCCUCAGCUACCACGCUCCCCUCCUGACGUCGAGGCCAUGAGGAUCUACCUCAUCUUGUCUGAGUACCCGGCUCUGCUGGACUCCAAGAACUACAUCCGCCUCACUAUCCCCCUGGCAAUGGCCAUCCUCCGGCUAGACGCCAACCCCAGCAAAGUAUUGGAUAACUGGUGGUGUUUUGUGGACGGCAGCGUGUUCACCAGAAUGGUCGACAUGUACAAGAGCAUCGUGGUGUUUAUGCUGACAGGAGGAAAGACUCUGCUCGUACCCCUGUUCUACGAGAACUACUUUGUUGCCACUCUAAGGCUGCUGGAGAAACUCCAUAAGGUCAACUUAAAGGCCAACCAUGUGGAGUACAACCGCUUUUAUAUCCCCGACAUCACCAGCCUGGUGGACAUCCAGGAAGACUACCUCAAAUGGUUCCUGAGUAAAGCUGAUAUUAAAGUUGGAUCAUCCCCUUCACAGAGUGACUUUCCCUCCGUGAACCUAUGUGCCUACCCGUUCAUACUGAAUGCUCAAGCCAAGACAACCAUGCUGCAAACAGACGCUGAACUGCAAAUGCAGAUGGCAGUAAGCGGUGCAAACCUGCACAACGUCUUUAUGCUGCUCACGCUGGAACCCCACCUUGCCAGGAACCCAUACUUGGUGCUUCAUGUGCGCAGGAACCAUUUAGUUAGUGACACAUUACGUGAGCUCACCAUGUACUCCGAUGUGGAUCUCAAGAAACCGCUUAAGGUGAUCUUCGAUGGCGAGGAGGCCGUAGACGCAGGCGGAGUAACGAAAGAGUUCUUCCUGCUGCUGUUGAAGGAGCUAAUGGAUCCUGUUUAUGGGAUGUUCACACAUUACAAUGAGUCAAACCUGCUCUGGUUCUCAGACAAAUGUUUUGUUGAGCAGAACUGGUUUCACUUAAUCGGGAUCAUCUGCGGUCUGGCCAUCUAUAACUCCACAGUGGUGGACCUGCACUUCCCCCUGGCUCUCUACAAGAAGCUGCUCGACGUGUCAACAACGCUGGAGGACUUCACGGAGCUCUCGCCCACCGAGGCCAGGAGUCUACAGCAACUUCUAGACUAUGAAGGAGGCGAUGUGGAGGAGGUGUUUCUUCUUAACUUUGCUAUCACCAGGGAGAACUACGGGAUGACAGAAGUCAAGGAGCUGGUACCUGGAGGAGAGAGCAUCAGUGUGGACAGAAACAACAGGAAGGAGUUUGUCGAGGCCUACCUGCGCUACGUGUUCACAGACUCGGUGAGCGAGCAGUACUCGGCCUUCUCCUCCGGCUUCCUGAAAGUGUGUGGGGGGGAAAUCCUGUUGCUGUUCCAGCCGUCUGAGCUGAUGGCCAUGGUGGUCGGCAACAACAACUACAACUGGGAGGAGCUGGAGAAGAAUGCCGUUUACAAAGGGGAAUACACAGCCACUCAUCCAACAGUCAGAUUGUUUUGGGAGGUUUUCCACGAGUUCCCUCUGGAAAAGAAGAAGCAGUUCUUAUUGUUCCUGACCGGCAGCGACCGUAUCCCCAUCCACGGCAUGGAGAGCCUGCGUAUCGUCAUCCAGUCCACCACAGCUGAGGAGCACUACCUUCCGGUGGCCCACACAUGCUACAACCUGCUUGACAUGCCCCGCUAUCAGACCAAAGACAUCCUGUGUCGCCGCCUCACCCAGGCCGUUGAGCAAUAUGAGGGCUUCAGCCUUGUCUGAGGAGGGAGAGGGGGUGGGGUGGG